UGCAACAGCUUACAAAUAACUAAGCUCUGCGCGGGUGUAAAAUUCCGCACAAAUUUCGCAAUGGAAAAUAUGAAAUUUUAUACCAUUUUAAUGCUGUUGGCCACUUGCAGCAGUGUCGUGUUGGCCGCAUCCAGGCUUAAGAAGGAGCGCACCCAAUUACCAUCUUUUGUGAAAGUUUGCCAUCGCAAUGAUCCGAAUUUGGAUAUGUGCGCACGUCAAUCGCUGCUCGCUUUAAAAGACCUAUUUAGUUAUGGCAUUCCAGAGCUAUUCAUACCACCCAUCGCGCCGUUGGUGGUGCCCGAGAUUAAAAUGUAUCAGGACUCGGGCGCAAUUUAUCUGCAUUCAACAUUCAAGAAUAUCACCAUAAAUAAUUUGGCCAAUUUCACGCUCAACGAGCUGCACAUUGAUCCGGAGAAAAUGAGAUUGUCGCUGUUGAUGAGCAUUCCAAAUGUGACCAUGGACGGGAAGUAUGCGAUGAGUGCCAAAAUUAUGAUGAUGCCAUUAGGUGGCGAGGGCGAUUUCAGGGCGAAUUUUACCGAUGUCGAACUGGACACAGUAAUUACCGCAGAACGUUACGAGAAAGAUGAUCGCGUAUUUGGCAAAGUGAAGGAUGUGAAGGUGCAGUAUACGCUGGGUAAGGCGCAAUUGCAUUUGAGCAAUCUUUUUAAUGGCGAUGAAGCGCUGGGCGAGCGUAUGAAUACAUUUUUGAAUGAGAAUUUCAAUUCACUUUCGGAUGAGUUACGGCCGCUGCUGGAAAGUUCGAUAUCGGAUAUUGUGCGCGCCUCGGCGGUGAAAAUAUUCGAUACUUACAGUUUUGAUGACUUGCUGCCGGAGUGAUUUGUUACAAAGAUGUAAAUUUAGGAAAAUUAAAAGUAAAGUAUUUUUUAUAAGUAA